CAUAGUUCGUAAUGUUAUCCGCACCGGAGUGCCGAAUACUCGAGAAUCGCAUGACGCACGCUCAGAAACCGAACAGUGAUAAAAACAAAUGAAAAUUUACAGUUAAUUAUCGGCAACAACACUCGAUAUUACGACAUAAACGAAUGAUCAUUUCCGACGUGUCUGUUCGUCCGCAAACGUCAGGUUGUCGGUCGUCCGCGAUAUACUUAAGUCUCCCAUUGUAGUAUUUACGAUUUGCGUUUAGUAGCAGUGCAACGACCGCGAUCCAAUAAACGCAGGAUCGUCGUCGUUGAAACAUGUCUGAUCGUGCAUCGUUGAGCUGAUAUACCGUGGUGUAAGGUGUCCGCCAAUAUGACCAAGCCGGAGUUCAAGCCUGAGCAGCAUAAAAAGUAUUUCCGCCGCUCACUGGACCUGUUGCCCGGCGAGUCUGCAGUAUUCGAUUACUCGCGGCUCACCAUUCUAUAUUUCGCUCUCAUUGGCUUGGACAUACUAGACGGUCUGGACUCGUUGGGCGACAGUCGCAAAAAAGACAUCGUCGAAUGGGUGUACAGGCUGCAGCUUGUGCCCAGUGACCACUGUCCAGUACACAAGUGCGGGUUCAUGGGAUCUACCACAGUUAUUCAUUUGAAGAACCAUCCGAAUCGUGACAAGUUCUGUGAAAGCAAUGUAGCCAUGACGUAUAUGGCAUUGUGUAUUCUUGUCACCCUAGGCGAUGACUUGAGCCGUGUGGACAAAUCGGCUGUUCUCCGAGGUGUUGCAUCUCUGCAAAAACCUGAUGGCAGUUUUAAGAGCAACUAUGAGCACGGUGAAAGUGAUUUACGGUUUGUGUACUGUUCACUGGCCAUUUGCAAUAUACUAGAUGACUCGUCGACCAUUAACGUAAAUAAUGCCAUCAAAUUCAUUUCAAAUUGUUUCAACUACGAUGGAGCGUUUGGUCAAAACCCAGGAACUGAAUCCCAUGGUGGUUCCACUUACUGUGCAAUCGCUUCUUUAUCUUUAUUAGACCAAUUAAAUUCUGUACUGGAUGAAAACAAAUCAAAAAUAUUAGAACGUUGGGCAGUUAAUCGACAAACCAAUGGUGGUUUCCAAGGAAGACCCAAUAAGGAUCCAGACACUUGUUAUUCUUUCUGGUUAGGUGCUACUCUCAGUAUUAUGGGAUCACUAAAUAGGAUAAACAAAGACAGGAAUAGGGAUUUUGUUCUGAAUAAUGCCAAUUUUAUAACUGGCGGAUUUAGCAAAAAUAUGGAUUCAAUACCUGAUCCAAUGCAUACCUGCUUAAGCCUAUGUGGAUUGAGUUUGAUUGGUGAAGAAAAACUAAACCCAAUCAAUCCAUCUCUUAAUAUUACUGUAAGAGCAGCCAACUACUUAAAACAAAUCCAAUUGAGAAAUAUGUAACUGAAGAAUAAUGUCAAGUACAAUUAUUGCAUAUAAGAUCAAUCAUGUGUUUACAAGAGAUACUUUAUGAUUUAUUUAAUUUUAAAUAAUCAAUUUAAGCAAUGACUGAUAU